UCCCCAUCCUGACUCUGGUAUAGGGACGUUUUUACUCAGGAUAGCAGCUCCAAUAUGAUCAUCCUACUGGACGACUGCUGGACACGGGUGUGAAAGAACCCAUUCCGUUUGAUAGACGCCUGGGCGACUUAUUGGGAAAUAGAAAAAAUCCGCAGUUGGAGAUGGUGACGGUAGAAGAGCUAUCAACUGUAAAAAUGUCUGAGUCUGGAUCUGGAAGCAUUCAUGUUUGUCAUGCUUGUCUGGCAUGACUCUUACAAUUCUGUCACGCACGUUACCCAAGAGCUCCGCCUUUCUGUGAUGCAGAGCCGCAGUUUGUCAUGCAGAAUAGGCAACACCUAGGAGCUCAGAAACAUGUCAUGCUGAGCCAGUAUUCGUAGCCUCAUCAUGAGACGCCACCCGGCAUCACAAGUUUCCAGACCCAGACAUUUUUACUUUUGAUAAGAGCCCAUUUUUUUCGUUAUCCAGCAGAAGGGCGAACGCCUCCCGCAGUAUCGGAUCAUCGAGAAAUGGCAGAGGAAAGUUUUGUAUCAAGUGCAAAAAUGUCUGGGUCUGGAAACUUGUGAUGCUGGGUGGCGUAUCGUGAGGAGGCCACAAGUGCUGGCUCAGCAUGACAAGUUUCUGAGCUUCUAGGUGUUGCCUAUUCUGCAUGACAAACUGCGUGUCUGCAUGACAGAAAAAUGGCGCUCUUGGGUAACGUGCAUGACAGAUUUGAGAGUUAUGCCAGACAAGCAUGACAAACAUGCACUCUUCCAGACCCAGACAUUUUUACAUUUGAUAUUUUGAUGGAUCUGGUCACGGGCCCUGAGCAUUAUCAUGAGGCGCUGAAUCACGCUCCGCACCUACUGGAUUUCCGAAGAUGUCAAAUACUCCAAGAGCUGCCCGCGCAAGAAGAGGACACCCGCACUUUUGAUUUCCUG